AAUCAAGAUGGGUAAAGUAAUUCUUGUACUUUCUGUGCUCGCGGUCUUUUUGGUCGCUGAGUCAUCAUGCCAGAAAUUCAUUAGACCUACGUACAGACCUCCACGGCCACGUUACACAGUGGGACCAGUUCGUCCUCAUUUAAGAAUUCGCCGUGAUGCGGGUGACGAGCCGCUCUGGUUGUAUCAAGGAGACGUACCGAAGGCGCCUUCGUCGGGUGAUCACCCAGUGCUCCCAUCUAUCAUUGACGACGUGAAACUGGACCCCAACAGGAGGACGGCGCGCAGUCUGGGCACUCCCUCCCACGUGUCGCACGGAGGAAACAGCCGGAAGUCCUCCAGCCGGGACACCGGACCCACUCACCCGGGGUACAACCGGCGUAACGCGAGGUCUAUUAACAAACGAUUAAGCCAUAGGAUACCCAUACCCACCACGCCACCGUUCAAUCCUCGUCCUCCGAAGAUGCCCAUCUACGCCAGGAACCACUAGGACCAGUAUACACUUGGUAACUUUGGCAGUCGGUACCUAAGUACAUCAAUGUAAUUUGCUCUUUAUUUGUCAAUAUUGGUACCUACCCGUACCGUACUUAAUAAUUAUUUUUAAUUUUUUAUGUACCUCUAUUUGUUAUGUGAUACGUCUAAUGUAUUGUUGCAAUGUACUUACAUUAAAUAAACUGUUUUACAAAAUA